AUGAACUCUCCUGCUGAUUUGACCCCUAUUCCUGAGAAGGCUACCUUAUCCCCCAUGUCUGCGGAUGAACUAUUCUCUGACUUGAGUGAGCCCAUUUUCUUUCCGGACGCUGCCUCUGGUUUUGGUUUCAUUUCUGGUUCUGAUUCUCCUUCCAUUGGUAGAGAAGUAGCAACUGCAUCGAGGAGUGAGCACACAAGAUUGGCAGUCACUAACCUUGAAAAGUGCAGUGUGAUGCUUGCCUCUCCUAAUACAAACACAGAGAGAGCUGACCGUGAAGAAGAGUUGACACUCAGCAGAAGAGAUCUUCCCAAAUUUCAAUUGGCCUCUAGUACUAUUAAGCCCUUUUCAAAUGAAGAGAAGAAUUUCUUGCCACUUUGUCUGUCUUACACUGAUGAUGGAUGGGUAGAGAUGGAUUUUAAAAAGUGUAUUGAUGGAAAGGCAGCAAAAUCAUGCUUCAACAAAAGACAUGGUUCCAGCUUGGUGUCUCGACAAUUUACAAACCAGGUCUUUACAAUGAUGAUGAAAAACACUGAGUCCAUUGGCGAUUACUUGAAGAAGUUUCCCUGUGCAGUUUACAAUGCUGGUUUACCCAAAGACAAUGCUUACAUUGCUAAUCGCUUUCUUGCCUUGCUGAUCUUAUCAGUGCAAACACUGGUAAGAGUUAUCAUGGCCCACUCUGGUUACAAUGGGGAGUCCAAACGUGAUUGGACUGUAGAGCAGGUCACGCAGAUUAGUAGAUACAUUCUUGCAGAUAAUAACAGAGUCUAUUCUAAGACGACCCAAUUGAUUCUUAGUUCCUGUGGGCAACCUGAGAAGAAUAAUGAGGAACAUUCCAGAAAGAAGCUUCACCACUCCAACAAGAUAACCAAGCAUAAGAAGAUAUUAUUCUGCUCACACCAUGAAAAGAAUCCUACCCAUGACAAAAACAAUGAGCCAAUUCUCAUGGUAUCUCAGUCUUCUGCAAAGGAUAAGUUUGAGCAGACGCUCAAGACGAUUCAGAACAGAAUUGAUGAAGACAUGGAGGAAAUAUCAUUGGAAUGUAAAUAUCUACUUGACAGAGUUGAGAAGAAUUAA